AUGUCUGUUGUUGGUUCUCUUAUAUUCUGUUUAGAUUGUGGUGAUUUAUUGGAUAAUCCGAGUGCUGUUACAGGAUCUGAUUUAGAAUGUUCACAAUGCCAGGCUACAUAUCCUAAGAGUAAAUUUUCUAAUUUAAAGGUUGUUACAAGUACGGCAGAAGAUGCAUUCCCAUCUUCCUUGAGAUCUAAGAAGUCUGUGGUCAAGACCAGUUUGAAGAAAGAUGAAUUGAAGGAUGGUGCUACUAUUAAGGAAAAAUGUCCGAAAUGUGGUAAUGAAGAAAUGCAAUAUCAUACUUUACAACUUAGAUCGGCAGAUGAAGGUGCUACAGUCUUCUAUACCUGUCCAGCUUGUAGUUACAAGUUUAGAACCAACAAUUAA